CACGGGGCAACAGCAAGAGCACGAGCAGCGGGGGGAAAGAUGCCAGCCUCUUUAAGGAGUCUGCAGGAAAUGGCUAUUUUUAUGGGAGUAUUCGGCACUGGUGGAUGUGUAGUUAUGUACAGUGUUUUGCAAAAGAGGUUUUCCAGGACCCAGUAUUAUCAGCAGGGCUUGGAGCAGCUGAACAACCACCCUGCUGCCCUGGAGGCACUGGGGGCUCCUCCUCUGAAGGUUCACAACAUCCAGCUGUUGGAUGGCAACAACCGCGUGGACCGGGAGCGAGCGCAGAUCAAGUUACCGGUAUCUGGAGCAAAAUCAGCAGGGUACCUCUAUAUUAAUUCAGAAAUGGACCAUUCCCAUCGCUGCUGGUGCCUCCAGGAUGUCACCUUGAAGCUCCAGGAUGGCGAGAGUAUUCCUGUUUACCACUCCCCUGCGGAAAGCAUCGGCACACAAGAAAGCUAAAAACUGAAGGCAG